AUGGUCCACUCCAACCAUUACAUGGAUUCAAGCUCAACAUCACCACACUCAAUGCCUGGUAUGGAUCACGAUAAGCCCGGUAUGGACCAUGAAAUGUGUUCUAUGAACAUGAUUUUCACUUGGGAUUGGAAAAAUACAUGUGUUGUUUAUAAAUGGUGGCAUGUUAAGACGUUUACCCAAUUCUUGUUCACUUUGGUUGCAAUCUCUGUUAUAUCUGCUGGUUAUGAAUUUACGAAGUAUAGGUUAGCAAAAUGGGAAAGAGAUUCCACUCAAGCUGCAUUAACUUCGGGUGGAAGGACGUUUGAAUGGUUAAAAUCCAUUGGAUAUGGAUUCCAGGUUGGUUAUUCAUUCAUGCUUAUGUUGGUGUUUAUGACUUAUAAUGGAUGGUAUAUGAUAGCUACAGUUAUUGGUGCUACAGUCGGGUAUCAUUUUUGGGGACAAAAAAUCGCAGAUGCCCGACCAUUAUCAUGCCAUUAA